CAGUACUUGAGUACAGUGUUCAACGGACGGAGCUAAAGAUGCGAUUCCAAUUCGUCCUGGCCUUUGGUCUUAUCGCCCUUGUGGCGUCCACUUACGCUGGCACUGACACGACAGGCACCGGCAGCACGGGCACCGAUACUACGGGCACCGGGAGCACGGGCACCGAUACUACCGGCACUGGGAGCACGGGCACAGGCAGCACCGGGAGCACUGGAACCGGGAGCACGGGCACUGGUAGUACCGGAAGCACGGGCACCACCGGGAGCACGGGCACUGGCAGCACCGGAAGCACGGGCACCACCGGGAGCACGGGUACAGGCAGCACCGGAAGUACGGGAUCAACCACCUCUGGCAGCCCCAGCACCUCAACUGGCUCAUCCUCGACCAAUCCGUCUCCUUCCACAACCUCGCCCUCCACAGCGCCCACCACGGCCACCUCCCCGAGCGACUCCUCAUCCUCCGGCCCCAAUGGUAACUCCUCGUCGUCCAAGCGGAACCGCAGGGAGAGGCGUCGUCGCCAACAGCGUCGUCGGAGACGCCAGGAGAGACGCCGUGAGAGGAGGCAGCGCAAGCGCCAGGAGAACCGUCGGGGCUGAAAUGGGAAGCCCCAACUCACAUGACAUUGUAACUCAAGGCAAAUAAAAUGUUUAUAUGAAAACCCAAUGGUCCCAA